CGGGAGCUGAAGGAGCAGCUCCAGGGGCUGCAGGAGAGCGAGCGCGGCCACACGGAAGCCCUGCACCUCCUCAAACGGCAGCUGGCCGAGACCAAGUCCUCAGCCAAGAGCCUGCGGGUGACGAUUGGGGAGGCUUUCGAGAGGCUGCACCGGGCCGAAGCCGACAAACACGUCUUUUUGGCUGGCGUCGCCUCCCUUUCCGAGAGGCUGAAGGGGAAGAUCCACGAGACCAACCUGACCUACGAGGACUUUCCCACCUCGAAAUACAUGGGGCCGCUACAGUACACCAUCUGGAAAUCCCUUUUCCAGGAUAUCCAUCCGGUGCCGGCAGCCCUGACGUUGGACCCCGGCACGGCUCACCACCGCCUGAUCCUCUCCGACGACUGCACCAUCGUGGCGUACGGCAACCUGCACCCCCAGCCGCUGCAGGACUCCCCCAAACGCUUCGACGUGGAGGUCUCGGUGUUGGGUUCGGAGGCGUUCGGCGGCGGGCCCUGGACCCGGCUCAACGUCAAGAGCAAGCUGGAGAAGGUGGGGGUCUUCCUGGACUACGACAAGGGGCUCCUCAUCUUCUACAACGCCGACGACAUGUCCUUGCUCUACACCUUUCGGGAGAGGUUUCCCGGGAAGCUCUGCUCUUACUUCAGCCCCGGGCAGAGUCACGCCAACGGGAAGAACGUCCAACCCCUCCGCAUCAACACUGUUCGCAUCUGA